AUGACCAGGAAAGAAGUUAACCGGAUUGGUGUAUUUGGAGCUACAAGCUAUGUUAUUGGUUCAGUUAUCGGAUCCGGUAUUUUUGUCUCUCCAAAAGGCAUCCUUGAACAUGCUGGUUCCAUUGGAUUAUCUCUAAUAAUAUGGGUGCUGUCAGCAGUGCUUGCUAGCCUGACAGCAAUAAACUAUAUCGAACUGGGAACAAGUAUUCCAGAAUCAGGAGCAGAAUUUGCCUAUGUUAUGUAUGUUGGAUGGUAUCCAGUAGCUUUCUCGUUUCUUUGGCUAUCCACAAUUAUACAAUGUUCCUGCAGCGGAGCCACCUUAGCGCUCACUUUUGGAGAAUAUAUUAUGGUCGCCAUAGACCCCUUGGUCUGUUUGAGUGAAACGGAUCGUAAAAAUGCCGUGCUAUUGUUCUCGUACGGGAUUUUAUUGCUGACAUGCCUUCUGAACAUGUACUCAUUGAGCCGAGUUGCUGCUAAACUUCAAAUGGCCAGCAUGAUUGCCAAGGUCGCCGCCCUUAUACUCAUCAUCGCUAUCGGCUUGUAUUAUAUGAUAUUUAAAGGUUCAACCCAGCACUUCAGCAAAGAUUACGCAUUCAAGGGAAGUGACUUUUCUGUUGCUCAAAUUGUGCUGGCUCUGUACCAAGGAAAUUGGGCCUAUGGAGGCUAUACUUGUCUUAACUAUGGCAUGGAGGAUAUCCAAAUUAAAAACUUCAAGAGGACAGUGCCUCUAGCAGUUUUAUUUGGACUUCUUCUAUCUGCUGGUGUGUAUGUACUCGCUAAUGUGGCCUACUUUGCAGUGUUGACCCCAGCGGAAAUUAUGAAUUCCUCAGCAGUGGCUACGACAUUUGCUCAACAAACGGUCGGCAACUUCUCGUAUGCGAUGCCAGCGCUUAUUGCCAUCCUUAUGUUUGGCAGCAUAAAUGCGGAAAUUUUUGCUUGGAGCAGAUACAUACAAGCUGGUGCUCGUCGAGGUAUGAUGCCUACAGCGUUGGCACUUAUCCAACCUGACAACGAUAGCCCAAGAACGACUGUCUUCUUACAUACCAUCCUUUCCAUGGCUUUUUGUCUCAUUGGAAAUGUUUAUAUUUUGGUGAAUUACCUGACUGUUGUUGCGCUUCUGACGACCAUGUUCUCGGUUGCAGCUCUAGUCUAUAUCAAGUGGAAAGAUAUUCCAGUAAGCACCAGCGCAGUGAAGUUCCACAUAUUCUGGCCAAUUCUAAACUUUAUAAUAAACAUAGCUCUUCUAGUAAUUCCUGUAGUUGUUGAACCUAUUAAAUCCGGAGUUGGACUGGUUCUCUUCCUUCUUGGAGUUGUCUGCUAUUUCAUCUUCGUUCGGCCAAAGAAAACACCAGAGUUCUUGCGAAAAAUCGACUACGUGGUCACAUUCUUCUGCCAGCAGAUCUUCUGGACUGUCGUCGAUAAAAUACCAGAAUAUAAGAAGGAAAGCAAAUCCAAGGAUUGUAAAAUAGACCCAGCUUGGACGAGCUACAAAACUAUUUACUAUCUUUACAGACAGCUAAAGAAUCAUACGCCAUGCAAAAUGUUGAACGGAAAUUUACGUAUUAAAAAUAUCCAAGCUACGUCUAUGUUUCUGGAAGCAGGAAUAGGUCUCGAAAUCACAGACAAUGCCCAUCUUUUAAGUGUUUCUUUUCCUACAUUGGAGCAGGUGGAUGGAAGAAUAAUCAUAAAGAACAACCCAUACUUAUAUUCGCCCCUUUUUGUGAGGAACAAAGAAACAUUGAGUAAGCUCUUUCGUGCCGAUUCGGAAAUCUCACUCAAGCAAUUUUCAUCCUAUGGUAAUUCAUGUAACUACCUUGCCGCUUCAGUUGUGUAUAUAAGCACUUUCCUUGCGGUAUUCUUCGCCUUUGUCAUGAUAAGGCUAUUAUCGUGGAUUUAUACGGAACCGAAGUCGAUGCCGAGGGCAGACAAAGUAGAGAAAUUGGAUGACAAAAUGGAUUCUAGUUGA